AUGCGUGUAGCUAUCCAGCAAGCGACGGCGCUUGUCGUCCUCGCCACGUCUGCGCACGGCUUUGCCUCGUACGCCUCGAACCCGCCGCCGUUCCAGCCGUGGUCGCCGACCGACACGACCAACAUGGCACCGUGUCCGAUGCUCAACGCGCUCUCGAACCAUGGCGUCUUGCCGCGCAGCAACAUUUCGGCCUCGGACCUGCGUUCUGCGCUGGGUGCGCUGCAGUGCGACAGCCUCAUCCAGCGCAUCCUUUCGAGUGAUAGCGUCAUGGCGCUGGGCCAUGGCGGCUUGCUGACGCUCGCCGACCUCGAUGUGCACGGCGCGAUCGAGCACGACGCGUCGCUCACGCGCCAGGACGCGGCCCUCGGCGACAACACCAAGCUGGACCCAGCGCUGCUCUCGGCGUUCAAGGCGAUCUCGGCCGACGGCAAGUACAUAACAAAGUCGGAGCUCGCGGCCUACCGCGUCGUGCGCGCCGCCGACAGCAAGGCGCGCAACCCAUCCGUCCGCUUUGGCGUGCGGGAGCAAGUCACUGCGUACGUCGAGGCCGCGGUGCUCUUCGUAGCGUUUGCAGACGACUCUGGCGCGAUGCGCCUCGACUGGCUCGAGAUGUUUUUCGCCCACGAAAAGCUGCCCUUUGAACUGGGCUGGACGCUGCGCCGCAUCUCGCUCGCCCGUGUGCUUCUUGUGGCCGGCGAGCUGCGCGGCUCGGCCUUUGGCGCCCAAGUGCUGGCCAUGAUCGCCUAAGAAUUCUUUUAUAUAUAUGUGUGUUGUGGA